AUGUAUUUAUUUCUGGCUCCACAGAAGUUUAAAAUUUGGAAAGAACACAAAAAAAACUAAAGGUCAAAAUCAAAUCCAUAUAUAUUUAAAUCAAAGAUUCAAAUUAUAUGUCUUGUUCUUAAUUCAAAGGAGGAUUUAAUUAUCUAAGGAAACAGGGAUUAAAUCAUAAAUAUUUUGGCUGUUGACUUUCAAUAAAAAUAGAUAAAAUAUUUAUAUUCAUUAAAUCAGUAUACUUAAUGGGUGAGUUCAUUAAGUCUGAACAAUUAAGAAAAUCUAUUAUUAACUUGUGGAUACAGUGAAAAAAUCAUCUGGAAAAAGGGUCAAGAAAAUAAAUGGAAUUUUAUGACUGAAGUUAUUAUACUACUUGAAAUUUGGCUUAUGUCUUUAUGAUGUUUAAUUUAAUUUUUUUAUUUUAUCAUAUCUAAAAGUUUUUAGAUUCAAAUUUCAACAUCUACAAAUAUUAGACACAUAAUCAUCCAAAUAAGGCAUUAUUAUUAAAAGAUGAUUAAUUUAUUUUGUUUUAAGUAGGAAAGGAUAUACUAGAGCAAUCGUAUAUUAAUAAAAUAAAUCAGAUUUUACUAAAUAUUAUGAGAUUAAGCUUGAUACUAUACCCAAUUUAGAUUUUAAAUUUUAUUAAUCAUUUGAGUCUCGACCAGAAUUGA